GAAAGAUUUACCCAGAUACCAGUUAUAGUUCUUCUUAUUCAUUUCUCAUUCAGAAGCAGGCCGAGUAAAUGUGGAGCCGUUGCUCUUGGUUGGCAGCAGCAGCAGCAGGUUUGUGACGCGGUCAGUUCAGCUCGGAGAUGAGCGUCACUCUGGAUAUCAAACUGAAAAGAGCCAACAAAGUUUAUCAUGAGGGGACGCCUGUCAUAAAAAAAAGUGAUUUAUGUCAUUAAUCUGCUCACAGAAACUGUGGCCGGUGUCGUCACGUUGUGCUGCAAGGAGCCGCUGCAGCACAACGGCAUCGCGCUCAGCAUGGACGGCAUCGUCAACCUGCAGCUCAGCUCCAAGAGCGUCGGCGUCUUCGAGGCGUUCUACAACUCCGUCAAGCCAAUCCCGCUGAUCAGCAGCAGCAUCGAGGCGGCCAAGGCCGGGAAAAUCCCAGGAGGGAAAACGGAAAUCCCGUUUGAGUUUCCGCUCAUCAGCAAAGGCAACAAAGUUCUGUACGAGACUUACCACGGCGUCUUCGUCAACAUCCAGUACACGCUGCGCUGCGACCUGAAGCGCCCCCUGCUGGCCAAAGACCUGAGCAGGAGCUGCGAGUUCAUCGUUCACAGUCAGCCGCAGAAAUCAAAAAUCGUUCCGACUCCGGUCAAGUUCAGCAUCACUCCAGAGACGCUACAGAACGUCCGCGAGAGGAGUCAGCUGCCGCACUUCCUGAUCCGAGGACAUCUGGACGCCACCAGCUGCGUCAUCAGCCAACCGCUCACCGGGGAGGUGCAGGUGGACAAAUCCGACGUCCCCAUCAAGAGCAUCGAGCUGCAGCUGGUCCGGGUCGAGACCUGCGGCUGCGCCGAGGGCUACGCGCGAGACGCCACGGAGAUCCAGAACAUCCAGAUCGCAGAAGGAGACGUCGGCCACGGCCUGCCCAUCCCCGUCCACAUGGUGUUCCCCCGACUCUUCACCUGCCCCACCCUGGAGACCACCAACUUCAAAGUGGAGUUUGAAAUCAACGUCGUGGUCAUCCUGCAGGACGAUCACCUGAUCACCGAGAACUUCCCUCUGAAGCUCUGCAGAGUCUGAUCACAUCCAACCCGAUCGACCGAUUGAUCGAUCAAUGAUCCAUAAAAUACCGACGGCAUUCAGAUAGUUUGAGCUGCACAGGAUAUUUGGUAGCUGAACAUAUUUGGCCUUUGAACUCAAAUCUGAAUUCAUCCCAUAAUUGUUCUGAAACUUUGAAAUUAUUAUAUUUCUCUGCAGCCUGUACAGAUUUAUUGAUUCCAUCUCAAUUAUUGUAACAUUUUUUUAAAUCAUGUUUGUUGAGCAGAAUUUAUAACUGAAGUUAUUUGAGCUAUAAAAUGCUUGUAAAAUAAAUGUCAUUUUUCAUGA